AUGGGUCGUCCAAAAUUGAUUUUGAAACCCAUCACAAAUGGGAGAGAUCGUGAUUUGGCUUUGAUGAAGAGAAAGAAGGCAUUAUUGAAGACAAUAUCUGAAUUUUGUAGUGUGUGUGGAGUGAAAGCUUGUUUGAUUAUGUAUGAUGGCAAAGGUGAUUCUCCACCAUUGACUUGGCCCCAAGACCCCAUUGAGAUGCACUCCAUCAUUCAAAGGUAUGAGCGUAUGGUGUAUGAGAAAAUUCCUAAGAACUUUGAUCUCAAUAACUUUUUUGAGACGAGGAAGAACAUGGUUGACAGUGAGAUUGCCAAAGUUCAGAAAGAGAUCCUUGAGACCAAAUAUCCCACUUGGCAUCCAUGCUUCAACAACCUUGGUGCUGAAGAAUUGAAGAAUUUCAUAGCUAGAUUGGACAGUAAGCUUGAAGCAUGUAAUAAACGAACAGUAACGGUCAAAUGCAAGAAACAAGAUGAAGCCCAAUUCAAUUUCAAGCAAUGCCUGAUUCAACCAGAAUGUGUUGCUCCAAAUCCAACCCAACUGGUUUUCAUGAAGGAUAUUCUCCAAAACCAACUUCCUUUUGCUCCAAUGAACCCACUUAAUGGUAACCUUGCACCACCUUUCCAACACAAUUCUGAAAAAGGCUCUAGUUCUCAAUCCCCAAAGCUUAACUUUGAUCCAAAUCUCAUGCAAUUGAAGGAAGAGAACAAAGGAGUGGUGGAUACAUCCAAUGCAUGCCAAACUGAUGUGCUUAAAAAUCCUUCAAAUAAAUUUGAUGUGCCUUAUGAUUUUCUUGAUGAGUCCCUUAAUCUUUUUGACCAACUUGGAUGCACUUGCGGUUGGAGGAAGUAUCACAACAAUGAAUGGUGGUGUUACUGA